AUGGCCGACGGUGUCAUCAAGUCGAGCGGCCCUCGUCCGGCCUGCGACCGCUGUCGCGGCCAGAAGCUGCGAUGUGUCUGGGAGAUCAGCUCGCAGCAAUGUCGCCGCUGUGCCCGGGCUAAGGCCGUCUGCACCAUCCCAAGAGCGCGUCCGAUGGGUCGUCCGCCGCGUCAGUGUCGUGACAAUUCGAGCUACUUUGGAUGCGAGGACGGGCACCCGCAGUCGCUGGAGGAGGACCCCAUCCUGGGCAUGCAGUCGUCUGACGAGUCCAUGCCUCUGGACGGGGAGAGUGGACCGCCGCGGGCGAUGGGCAACGCCCUGACGGGGGAACCGCUCUGGGGGCUGGCACCAUCUAUCGAGGGGCACAAGACGGCGGGACUGCCCUCCCCAGAUCCGUUGGAGUUUCUCAAUUACUUUGCUGAACCCACUAUGGGGGGCAUCUUUUCCAUGGGCCUGGAGCCCGGCAGUGGCGGAUUGCACAGCACCCCCACCACCACUGCGCCGAUCGCGACCUUCAACACUCCCAAUCGGUCCGACCCGGGCUUGUUCAUGGCCCCGACGCUCGGCCCCGAUGUCGUGGCGGAUGGCCACCAGCGCCCCGAGGACCAUAACAAGGCGCACCAGCACGACCGGAAAGAUGAUUACGUGCAAUGCCUGACCCAGCUCUGCCAGCUCAAUGUGGCCUUGUAUCAGCACCCGCUAUAUGCCAAUCCGGGCCUGGGAAAUGCAUUCCAUGCGCAGAUGAUGCGAACGCCAGCGUCCAGCGGACACAGUUCCCCGACCAGCCCGUGUCUGUCGGAUCUGAAAAUGGGCCGGCUCCUCUCCAUGACCGUGCAGCUGAGGAACCUGGUCGCCGGGAUUGCCUCGGUGGAUGGCGGGAAAUCGCUGGACGAGGCUCCCCAUGGCGCCGACCACGUCUCCCCCGACCGAUCCACGGCCCUCAUAGUGCUGAGCUGCUACUCCCGGCUCGACGUCAUCUACACCCGCGCCGUGGACAUCUUGCGAGACGUGCAACGCCGCGGGGUUCCUUUAAGGCCGUCAGAUUGUCUGAUGCCCUCUCUGGCGAUUGACGGGUUUUCGCUGGCAUCCUGCCAUGGGAUCCAGCUGACGUUUAUCAUCCAAUUGUGUGAACAGACACUAGACAGCAUCCGCGAGUGCAUGAGAAAAUGUGGCGAAAGCCAAGAUAGAUAG